AUGCCUUCCAAAGCGGACACGCUCAAGCGACUGCGCGCCUUGAGAGCUGCGGGCAAGACAGGCUUCGAUGCGUACGAGGUGGAAGAGGCCGAGUCCAUCUACGAAACAGUCGACGACGAAGGUUACAAGAAGGUUGUCCGAAGCCGUUUGGACCAAGAUGACUUCGUUGUAGACGACAAUGGUGCAGGAUACGCGGACGACGGACGCGAGGACUGGCAAGAUGAACGACAAGCGUACGAUGAGAGCGAGAGUGAGGAUGACUUGCCCAAGCAAGGCAAGGCUGCCAAACGAAAACGUGAAGAGGACGCCGAGCGACAGGAGAAGCUCAACAAGGGCAUUAGCAAGUACUUCAACCAGAAGUCCGGAGCGACUGCCCCCAAAGCGAAGCCUGUACGCACAGCCGAAGACGAUGAAUUCUUGACGGACCUGCUGGGAGAAGUCGACACCAACAUCCAGAGCCGGGUCCCCUCAUACGGCAAGGCAGUGAGAAGCAACGACCGACGAAAGACGAGAGUUCUGUCCCCGCCCUUGGAAGAUCGGCAGCCUGUCAAGCAUCGGACAUCCAAGGCAAGAGUGGAAGACGAUCUACCCACUGCACCUCCUGCGCACACUCGCGACGACGACGAUGCCUACUUCGUUGCUCCCGCAGAUGAUGAUGUACCAAUGAGCGACCCUCUGCCAUCCUCACCAGCUGCCAAAGCAGUUGAGCGGAAGGAACAGACGCUUCCAAUCAAAGCUGAGCCCACGGAGGACGACGGUGAUCUGAUGGAGGUCGCAGAAGUGCAAGGACACGCCAGUCUGAAGUCCGCCAAUGUCAACAUGAAGGGUAGCCGACCAGCUCCUAAGAUUGCCAAAACAGUGUACCCAACCCCGGACAGCUCGUCGCCAACUCGAGCACCAGAAGACGGCAUCGACAUGACUGCUAUCAACAAUGUCACCGAGAAGCUGAACAUUCUGAGCAGUCCUCAGGCUGAACCCGCCACUGCUGGUAAGAUCGACCCAAAGGACGCCCUUGAACAGGACGGGACGCUUCGCUUCUUCUGGACCGACUACACCGAGAUUAGGGGCAGCUUGUGUCUCUUUGGCAAAGUAAGGAACCGCUCGAACGACUCGUACGUGUCCUGCUUCGUUAAGGUGGACAACAUCCUGCGCAAGCUGUACUUCCUGCCUCGGGAGUACCGUCAGAAGGGUCGACAAGAGACUUCCGAAGAAGUGGGCAUGAACCAUGUCUACGACGAGGUUGUCCAGAUCAUGAGCAGGUACAAGGUCAACACUCACAAGAUCAAGCCGUGCUCCCGGAAGUACGCGUUUGAGCUGCCCGGCAUCCCCAAGGAGGCGGACUAUCUGAAGCUGCUGUACUCGUACGACAAGCCUGCUCUGUCUACAGAUCAGACAGGAGAGACAUUUUCACACGUCUUCGGCACGAACACUUCCCUCUUCGAACAGUUCGUCCUCUGGAAGAACAUUAUGGGCCCAUGCUGGCUGAGCAUUGAUGGCGGCAACUUCACAGCUGUGCAAAACGCUUCGUGGUGCAAGCUGGAGUUGCAAGUCGACAAGCCGAACGGUAUAGCUACCUUGGGUGAUUCGGACAACCUGGAGGCUCCACCACUCACAUUGAUGUCGCUUGCUCUGCGGACUACGAUGAACGUCAAGGAGAAUAAGAACGAGAUUCUCGUAGCGAGUGUCCGCUUCUACGAGAAUGUCUCCUUAACGGACACCACUCCGGCCGAAGAGAUGCCGCAGCGGACCUUCACCAUCAUGCGUCCCAACGGCGAGUACCCCAUUGGCUUCAAAAUGGACGCCGAAAAACAUCGAGGCCAGAUCAAGAUGGAGAAGAGCGAGCAAGGUCUCUUGUCGAUGCUGUUGGCCAUCAUCCAGAAGCACGACCCAGAUGCCAUAAUGGGCCACCGACUUGACGACGUCGAUUUCAACGUCCUGCUGACCCGUAUGCGGGACCGAAAGACACCUGGCUGGCACCGCAUUGGCCGACUAAAGCGCGACGACUGGCCCAAGACAUUCGGCAAGGGUGGUGGCAGCUUCUUUGCUGAGCGUCAUCUCGCUGCUGGACGUCUCUUGUGCGACCUUGCCAACGACAUGGGCAAGAGCACCAUGACCAAGUGUCAGAGCUGGAGUCUGGACGAAAUGUGCAACCUCUACCUGGGAGGAAACAAUAAGCGCAAGGAGGUCGACAGCGACAAGGCGCUUGCAAUGGCUGCCACACGAGGAGGCCUGAUGAACUAUGUCAAGCUUUGUGAAGCCGACACCUUCUUCAUCGCUGCUCUGGCGCUGAAGCAACAGUUGCUGCCUUUGACGAAAGUGCUCACUAAUUUGGCUGGCAACUCGUGGGCACGAACGUUAAGCGGCACUCGCGCAGAGCGAAACGAAUACAUUCUGCUGCAUGAGUUCUAUCGCAACAAGUACAUCUGCCCGGACAAAGUCUGGGGCAAGGGCGCUUCAAACAAGAAGCUCGAGGACGAAGGCAACGCAGAUGCUGAAGAAGGUGUUGACGCUAAGAAGAAAGACAAGUACAAGGGCGGUCUCGUCUUCGACCCUGAAAAAGGGCUGUACGACAAGUUCGUCCUGGUUAUGGAUUUCAACUCGCUGUACCCCAGUAUCAUUCAGGAGUACAACAUCUGCUUCACGACCAUCGAACGAGCCGACAUUGGCGACGAGGAGGAGCGGGUCCCUGACAUUCCUCAAGACACUGCGAACAAGGGGAUUUUACCACGACUCAUUCGAACGCUCGUCACUCGCCGACGAGAGGUGAAGAAGCUGAUGAAAGACAAGACCGCCACCGAUGACCAGCGCCAGACGUGGGAUGUCAAGCAGCAGGCGCUCAAGCUUACUGCCAACUCCAUGUACGGGUGUUUGGGCUACACGAAGUCGCGCUUCUAUGCCCGUCCACUGGCUGCUCUCACCACAUCGAAAGGCCGAGAGAUUCUGCAAUCUACCAAGGAGCUGGCAGAGUCCACUCACGCGCUGCGAGUCAUUUAUGGUGACACUGACUCUGUGAUGGUGAACACCAACAUGGACAACAUCCAGGAGGCAGUCAAGAUGGGCAACGAGUUCAAGAAGAGCGUCAACGAGCGGUAUGAGCUGCUCGAGAUCGAGAUUGACAACAUCUUCCGCCGGCUCCUUCUGCAUGCGAAGAAGAAGUACGCUGCCAUCAAUAUGAUCGAGGUGGACGGCAAGUGGACGGAGAAGAUGGAAGUCAAGGGUCUCGACAUGAGGAGAAGAGAGUACUGCCAGCUGUCGAAAGACACGUCCCAAGAACUCCUCAACCACCUCCUCUCCGGCGAAGAUCCCGAAAAAGUCGUCUCCCAAAUCCACACCCACCUUCGCGCCCUCGGCGACCGCAUGCGCAGCAACGCCAUCGACGCGAGCAAAUACACCAUCUACACCCAACUCGGCAAAGCACCCACCGAAUACCCCAACGGCAACUCCAUGCCCUCGGUCCAAGUCGCCCUCAAACUCAUGGCCAAAGGCAAGCAAGUCAAAGCCAAGGAUGUCAUGUCCUUCGUCAUCUGCGGCACCAGCGGCGGCAGCGCAGAGAACGCGGCGAAGAACGCGCAUCCCCUGGACGAGGUGCUGGCGAAGGACAGCGGGCUCGUGCCGGACGUGGAGUACUACCUGCACAAGCAGAUCUUACCCCCUGUCGAACGGCUGUGCGCCCCAAUCAGCGGGACGAACGUCACGCUCCUCGCUGAAUGCCUUGGUCUAGACACAAGCAAAUACCGCGUCAGCGGCGCCAGCAAAGCCACCGAAGCAGGCGAGGAGAUCACGAGCCUGGAGAGCCAAGUACCGGAUCACAUCCGCUUCAAGGACUGCGAGGCGCUGGACUUGCUGUGUUUGGGUUGCAAGAAGCAUUUCGAGUUCAAAGGGUUGGUGCCGCCGAUUCCUUCUGCUGGGGAGGAAGAGCCGUUGAACCCGCUUGCUGCGAUUACGCCGGGAGGGUUGUCGUGUCCGAGGAAGGAGUGCGGGAGGGCUAUGUCGACGUUGACGUUGAGUACGCAGUUGGAGACGGCGGUGCGGCAGCAUACUUCGAGGUAUUAUUCUGGGUGGCUGGUCUGCGAUGAUUCGGCUUGCGGGACGCGGACGAGGCAAUUGAGUGUUUACGGCCAUCGCUGCUUAGGCCCCAAGGGGCUCGCAUACGGCUGUUCUGGACGCAUGAGGUGGGAGCAGGGCGAGCGACAACUGUACAACCAGCUGCUUUACUUGCAGGGCAUGUUCGACGUGGACAAGCAGGUCGACAAGCUCAUCUCGAAGUCCGGCGCGGUGAAGGCAGAGGAGGAGGGAGAGAAGGAGAAGUUGAAGGUGCUGGCGAUGGGGAACAGGGAGAGGUUCGAGGUGUGUGCGGGUGUGGUGAAGGGGUAUUUGGAUAAGAGCGGGUGGGGGUGGGUGAGUAUGGACUCGUUGUUUGGGUUCGCUAUGAGGGGGUUGAUGGGGUGA